AUGGCAGCCGCCAUCUGUCCCAGCGAAAUAUCCGCGAACAAGUGUGAGAAGAUGACGAACAGCUUCCAGGAGCGUGGCGGGUUCUUGCCAAUGCAGCGCUUCAUGGCCGAGGACUCCAGGAAGCAGCCAUGGAGCACCGUCCAUCUCACGAGCGAGACCAGUUUCCACUGCGUGCACGCGGCAACAACAUCAGCAUCACGGGCAUCUACCUCAUUGCCGGACUCAUCGAGUGCAGCCACGAACGGCUCGGCGAAGGCGGAAGUAGCAGGAGAAAUCAAGCCUUACCAAACAUGCUCCGAGUUCAACCACGGGUUCAACAAGAUAUGUCAGCAUGGCAAUGGCGCCCACCAGCACAACGGCAAGCGCAACCCAGAGUCCAACGCUCGUUGCAACCGCGCCGAUUUGCAGCUACCAGUCCGAUGGGCUCAACCUUACGGUAGUCCUUCACAAAGGCAACAACUCCGGCGCCGCGAAGGCUCUACGAACCAUGGUCUGCUGUACAUCGGAUAUGUGUUUGCAGACGAAGGGACGGCCGGCGGGAAGUUGUCACGAAGCGAGGGAGGAAAGAUCAAGGAACUCGAAGUCCAGGCGCAGAUCUAG